UCGUUUAUGAACAUACACGGCUACUUACACAUUAAUAUCAGUUUUAACGAACAAUUGUAGUUGUGAACGGGUAGGUACCAAAGUUGUCACAUAAAAGUAGACAACCAGCUGUUGGUUUACGUCAUCAAGGAAUCUUGACAGGAAUUGCAUUCAAGUUUUUGUCGUUGGUUAAAUUUUGUGCGCACAAGUCGAUGAUCGAUCGUCUUGACAAUUUUAUAGCAUACAUUCUGAUUUAUAAAUAAAUACAUAUGUGGGUUUAUUUACAUUGUAUUUAUUGUUUAUCUAUGUCAAAGUGAUUGGUAGAAAAAAAUUGUUACAUCAGAAUAAUUAAAAAGUUGAUUAAAGUCAAGUUGAAAAGAACCAACAUAUGAGAUAAGGCACAAAGAAAAAUUAGAGUAAAAAAAGAGCAAGACAGAAAGAACAUAAAGACGCGUGCGCGUUUUACGUACACCUCUCUCUUGAUCAGGAAAAAUCAAAACAAGAAAGAUGGCUGAUCAAAGUGGUGAAGCUUCAUCAUCAAGUAGUGUUUCAGAACCAACUAUUCGCGAGGAGGUUGAAAAGCCUGAAGAUUUUUUAGAGCCUGAUCGAAAGAGGCGUAAAUUAUUAAAGCAAGAUGGCAAAACAGAACAAAAAUUGGAACAUCGUUUGGGUGGAAUUCUUUGUUGUGCUGUAUGUCUCGAUCUUCCUAGAUCGGCCGUUUACCAGUGUAUCAAUGGACACUUGAUGUGUGCCGGUUGCUUUACUCAUGUUCUGGCAGAUGCAAGAUUGCGAGAUGAGCUGGCAACAUGUCCAAAUUGCAGAAUUGAAAUUAGUAAAACUUCAGCAUCACGUAAUUUAGCUGUUGAAAAAGCUGUGUCUGAAUUACCAGCUGAAUGUCAAUUUUGUGCCAGGGAAUUCCCAAGGAAUUCCUUGGAACGUCAUGAAGAUUCGUUAUGUGAAGAAAGAAUAUCAAGUUGCAAGUACAGCAGAAUUGGAUGUCCUUGGCGAGGACCCAGUCACGAAGGUGCUGAGCACGAAGCUCAUUGUGUUCAUCCACAUCGUACCGGAGCCGAUGUUAUGGAAGCACUUCGUGACAUUGAUGCUCGAACUUUAGAAGAACGCAAGCACUAUGAUAAUAUUUUCGAGCUUCUGUCUUACGAAAAGAUAACAUUUAAUGAUUUACAAAUGAAGCCAUAUCGUACAGAUGAAUUCGUUCAUAAAUUAUUUUAUGAAACAGCUCGUUUCUCGGCAUUUAAUCAUCAAUGGGUUGUAAAAGCUAGAAUCAAUAAUAGUCAACGAGAUCCUACACAAAGUUCUGAACGAGAUAUGACCUAUCAACUGAUCUUAAAAACAAAAACCACCUUUCCAUUGGCAAUACAUUAUCUGAUAUUAAAAGGACCUUUUGGUGAUAUGAAAGUUCAACCUCGGAUCCAUCGAUUCGAUUUUACUGAACAGGAUAAUGAGAGUCCAUAUCUACCGUUACCACUUCCGGAUACAGCAGAAUGUAACAGACUAUUAGCUGCGAAGGCAAUAAGUUUUCGGCUUAUUAUGUUUUUGGUGUCCAAAUAGUCGAAUUCAUAGAGUAUUCGCUAUCCUGCCGGGAAAAAAAUGUAUA